CAUCCAUCCCAUCCCAUGGAUACAGCCGCUGCUCACCUUUUCCCCCUCUCCAUUAAUGAGCCCCUUGUUUACAGCUUAAUUUACUUCUCCAUGCUUUUUCUCAAACAAUAAAAGAAAAGGAUUUUCCAUAUACUAUAUAUGAUCAUGUACAUAACUUUAUCAUCUCCACCUUUAUUUAAAUUCUUUUCUCUCAUUGAAUUCAUCUUCACUUUCCACAUCUUUUCAUCAAUGCUAGAAAAGAUUAUAUUUGUUAUUACUUAUUAUCGUUUCAACUGUUUGCGAUCCUUUGCAAAAGUGCAAACCAUCCGCUUUCAUUUGUUUUCUUUCCUAACAAAACAAAAACAAAACAAAGAUAUGGGUUUUGUUUUGAUUGAUGGCCAAUUCUUGGUGGUAUUAUUUAAUUUGAUAUAGGUGAAGCAGAUGGAAGAGAUCCUAAACUGCCCGAAACGGUCAGGGUCAGGAUCAAGUGAGAGGAAGAUGAGGCCUCAGAAAGAGCAAGCCCUAAACUGCCCUCGCUGCAACUCCACCAACACCAAAUUCUGCUACUACAACAACUACAGCCUCUCUCAGCCCAGAUACUUCUGCAAGACAUGCAGAAGAUACUGGACCGAAGGUGGGUCCCUCCGCAACAUCCCCGUCGGCGGUGGCUCCCGCAAGAACAGGCGCUCCUCUUCCUCCUCCCCCAUUUCCACCUCCACCAAAAGGCUUCCCGAUUUGGUGCCGCCGCAAAACCCUAAUCACCACCACGAUUUCAAGGCCCUCAGCGACAUGAUCCACCUCUCCUCGCCGCCGCCGCCUCAGCUCUCGUCGCUCGAGCUUCUCACGGGGCUGGCGUCGACGUCGAGGGGUUUGAGCUCCUUCAUGCCGUCGCCGCCGGAUCCCUACUCGUCGUCGGGGCCGGGAUUUCCAAUGGCAGAGUUCAAACCGUCGUCUCUCAACUUCUCGCUGGAUGGGCUCCGGACCGGCGGCGGCGCCAGCUAUGGAAACUUCCAGGGGGUUCCGGAAACGAAUGGGAAGCUUCUGUUUCCGUUUGAGGAUUUGAAGCAGCAGGUAUCGUCCAAUAAUGCUGACCAAAAUCGAGAUGAUAAUGAUAAUUCCAAUGGAUACUGGAAUGGGGUUAUAGGCGGUGGAUCAUGGUAAUUUUAUCCGUGGAUUUAAAACUAAUUAUUAUUUUUUCUUUGUGGGGGGUGAUGGCCGUGACUUGUUUGGAUCACUUGGAAAAAAAGAAAAAACUGACUUAUAAUUAUAUAAAUAUGAAUAUUCUGGGUUAUAUAUAUUUAUUAUCUUUGUUUAUUAUAUAAUUAAUUAUUAUGAUCAUUAAGAUGUUGGAGUUAGAAGCUUGUUUUUAGAUAUGGCUUCAGGUUGCAGUAGCAAGUAAGAGAGAUGGUGUAUAGUGAUAGAAGAAGAGAUUGACCUUGAUUUUUGAAGGGCAAUUAACCAGCUAGCUGCACUACUAGUUUAUUCUUCUCAGCAAAAGGAGCUAGAGCCACCAUGGAAUUAAUUAAGUCUCAUUUUCUUUGGUUUUCUAUAAUUAUGUAUAACUUAUAAAUCAACUUUUAAAUUUAAUUAUUACUUCCGCUUUUGUGAUGCAUGGAAGAUAUUCAUCUUGA